AGUUACCGCCACCAAUGAGCGAGCUCAGCUCGCGGAAGCCCCACCUCCGGCGGGGGGAUUGUUGUGGUGACGUCAGGGGCGGGGGACGCGGGCGUCUCAUUGGCUCAGGCUGGGCCGAGCGCCUGGCGCGGAACGGGUGGGGAGCGGCCCCGGUCCGGGCGGGCCAUGGCCAGCACCGGGAGCCCCCUGUAUGAUGCUGUUCCAAUCCAGUCAAGUGUGGUGUUAUGCUCCUGUUCGUCCCCUUCAAUGGUGAGGAACCAAGCAGAUUCCAGCACUCCAUCUGUCAUUUCCACUUGUGGCAGCAGACAGGGAUCUAACAUGGAGGGCACAGCACCUGAAUCAAGAUCUAAUUCAAACUCCUUGCAGCAGCAUAUGGGACAGCAGCCUCCACAGCCUCGAAAGAAACGACCUGAUGACUUCAAAUUUGGGAAAAUUCUGGGUGAAGGAUCUUUUUCAACGGUUGUCUUGGCUCGAGAAUUGGCAAGUUCUAGAGAAUAUGCCAUUAAAAUUCUAGAAAAACGUCAUAUCAUAAAAGAAAACAAGGUACCAUAUGUGACACGAGAGAGAGAUGUAAUGUCCCGUCUGGAUCACCCUUUUUUUGUGAAACUCUACUUCACCUUUCAGGAUGAUGAAAAGCUAUAUUUCGGACUUAGCUAUGCCAAAAAUGGAGAGCUACUAAAAUAUAUACGCAAAAUUGGCUCAUUUGAUGAGACCUGUACAAGGUUUUACACUGCUGAAAUUGUAUCAGCCCUGGAGUAUUUGCAUGGCAAAGGAAUAAUUCACAGGGACCUUAAGCCAGAGAACAUCUUAUUAAAUGAAGAUAUGCACAUUCAAAUAACAGACUUUGGAACAGCAAAAGUAUUAUCUGCAGAUAGCAGACAAGCACGGGCAAACUCAUUUGUAGGGACAGCACAGUAUGUUUCUCCAGAACUGCUGACAGAGAAAUCUGCCUGUAAAAGCUCUGACCUCUGGGCUCUGGGAUGCAUAAUAUAUCAACUUGUAGCUGGAUUGCCUCCAUUUAGAGCUGGAAAUGAAUAUCUUAUAUUCCAGAAGAUAAUAAAAUUGGAAUAUGACUUCCCAGAAAAAUUCUUUCCCAAGGCAAAAGACCUUGUGGAGAAGCUAUUGGUAAAUAUUUGUGCUUUUCUUCUUGAAUGUAGUAUGCUUGUCUUG